AUGAUUCUGCUUCGAGGCCCUCGCUUUCUACGAACGGUGUACCUCGACUCACCGGAGGAUAAAGUCUCCGACGUCGAUCACCCUCUGCAAUCCGGCGGUUUAACGGAGGUAUUCGGUUCGGUUAACGGUUUGGUCGGUUUAGCGAACUCUCCGGUUGAUAUGGCGCUUUUCAAUCCAUCGACCCGGAAAUUCCACCGGUUACCGAUUGAGCCUGUUGAUUUCCCGGAACGUUUGAUCACCCGCGAGUAUGUGUUGUACGGAUUGGGCUACGAUUCGGCGAACGACGAUUACAAAGUCGUGAGGAUGAUUCAGUGUAAAAAAGACGUGGGUGAUGAUCUAGUUGGGUAUGAGAUCAAAGUUUUCAGCCUAAAGAGGAACUCAUGGAGGAGAGUCGAAUUGCAAUUUGAGAUGGCGAUGAAAUUCUUCUACUUCUACUACCGUGUGUUGCAUCGCCGUCAAAACGGUGUUCAAGUAAGGAAUAGUCUUAACUGGAUUUUGCCUCGAGGGAACGGUGUCGCCAUCAACACGAUUAUAAGAUUUGAUCUUGCCUUUGAAGAGUUUGAAUUCGUCUUUUAUCCACUGGAUCUUUUUUUUGAAGAUAAGAUGGAUCUGUGUGUUUUAGAUGGCUGCCUUUGUAUGAUGUGUUACAACGAGUCGCCACAUGUUGAUGUUUGGAUGAAGCGGGAAUAUGAACCUGAAGGAUCUUGGAGUAAGCUGUUUAGUGUGAGGAAACCAGUGGGCGUGGUAUCGUUGGACUUUGUGAGACCUUUGAUGUAUUCCAAGGACAAGAGCAAGGUUUUGCUGGAGAUUAACGUUGGGAAGCUCGUGUGGUAUGACUUGGCGAGUGAGACUUUUCAGGCGCUUGGGAUUAAGGAUUGUGAGGGUGCAUGUAGCGCAGAGAUUCUCGUGAGUAGCCUUGUUUUGGGAUGUAAUGGGGAUCCUGGCAGAGCUCGAAAGAAGAGAAUGAUGCAGAAGAGUAGCGAAAGGGGUGGUUAUCUGUCCAAGGGAUUCAAGCUGAAGCUCUGA